UCCAAAAUGUUUAAUGACCUGGCCACCUCCCCAAGUAUCCAAAAAUCCAUCAACAUAACAGAAGCAAAAUAAGCAGCAGCAGUUCAAAUUAUAGCACUUACAAACUAUUAACAACUUGUUAAUAUUUAAAAAUUUCAUUGCUGUUUGAAGCUUUGAAGAAUGGCUACUAUAACUUCAAUUACCCUACACUCAUCUACAUCCUCCUUACAUCCUAAUUUCCAUUCAUCACUGCUAACAUUUUCUCCAAAACAUACUCAUGAUCAUAGUUCCUUCCGGGUAGCAGUGAGAUCAGUCAGCUCCACAAGGCAAAGACUGUUGUCACAUACUGUGCCAAGGGCCCUGAGUAUCCGAAGUGCAGCCACAAAACCUGCAAAAUCACCAGCUGAAGAAGACUGGAAGAUUAAGAGGGAAUAUUUGCUACAGAAAAAGGUAAGGAGUGUGGAUGUAAAGGAGGCUCUGCGCCUCCAGAAAGAAAACAACUUUGUGAUCCUUGAUGUACGGCCUGAGGCAGAAUUCAAAGAGGCUCAUCCACCAGGAGCUAUUAAUGUGCAAAUAUAUAGGCUUAUAAAGGAGUGGACAGCAUGGGACAUUGCUAGACGUGCUGCAUUUGCAUUCUUUGGAAUCUUCUCUGGUACAGAAGAAAAUCCAGAGUUCAUACAGAGUGUGGAAUCAAAAAUAGAUAGAAAUGCAAAGAUAAUAGUAGCCUGCUCAGCUGGAGGUACAAUGAAACCAACCCAAAAUCUCCCAGAAGGUCAACAGUCAAGGUCCCUUAUAGCAGCCUACUUGCUUGUCCUCAAUGGUUAUACCAAUGUCUUCCACUUAGAAGGGGGCCUAUACGAAUGGUCGAAAGAGGAAUUGCCAAUAACUUCAGAAGAGUGAAGAAAUAGAUGGUGCUUCCACAGUAGCUCCAGUUUUGUCCCAAAUGAGAAUGUCAGUGAGCUCUCAUCAUGAUUGAUCUACUUUUGUCCAUAUAUUAACUUCUUUGUAUGAAGAUCAAGUUGUAUUCAUACUGGAUGCUUUUGUUGAAAUCUGUAGGAAAUAUUUUAAUUAAACCCAUUUUUACUUGGAAGUUGGAACCUAAAUGUAUUAUAAUAAUAAAACUGAUUGUUAAUAUGGAAGCAGCAUUUAUUUCUCA